AUUCAAUUCAACUUUACUGUGUGAUUCAUCUGCUUUUUUAAAUUAACUUUGCAAUAAAAAGAAUUUGAGAUUAUAAAAAUAACUACGUUUUAGUUAUUUACUUGAGAAUAGCAGCGUUAAAAAAAACCACUUAACUAUUACCAUUGCUAUUCGGGCGUUGGUAUCUUUACAAGGAUAUAGAUUACUAUCCAUCACACAUCAUUUUCGGAAAACAAUGCCGGCGUAUCAUUCAACGUUAACGGAAUAUACGCAGUCAGUGGGGAACCUGGCUCUUCUCCCCAUUCGCACAACAUUUAGAGGUCCUGCCCCAAUCAGCCCUAAGAUAGAACUAGAUAUAAUUGAUGAAGCUCUUAAUUACUUCAAAGCCAAUGUUUUCUUUAGAUUUUAUGAGAUCAAAUCUGAUGCAGAUCGGGUGCUUAUAUAUCUUACUCUGUACGUUUCGGAAUGUCUGAAACGUCUACAGAAAUGUUCAAAUAAAAAUCAGGGACAACAAGAAAUGUACAUGUUAGCAAUAUCUAAAUUUGAUAUUCCUGGGGAGGGUGGAUUUCCUUUGAACUCUGUUUAUGCAAAACCGACUAGCACACAGGAAGCUGAUUUGAUGAGACAGUAUCUACAGCAAUUGAGACAUGAAACAGGCACAAGAGUUUGUGAAAAGGUAUUUGCGACGGAAGAUGGCAAGCCAAGUAAAUGGUGGUUGUGCUUUGCUAAGAGGAAAUUUAUGGAUAAAUCACUAUCGGGUCCAGGACAAUAAUGAGUAUUUUCCUUAAUAGCAUGUAACAAUAUAUUCCAUGGCAUUUAUUCUGUACAUAAAUUUGUACAAAUUUAUAAGUAUUUCACAAAAAUGUUAUUGCUUGAUUUCUUAAAUUAUUAACUGUAUUACUUUUAUACCUUAAGAUUUUAUGUAGACC